GUCAAUAGCUAAAUCUUGAAAAUCCCAACAUAACCUAUUUUUUUAUUAUGAUAGCAAGUACAAGGGAAAAACCCAUAAAUAGCAAAACCAUCAUAUAUUUCGAAAUGUUAUAGAAACAGCUUAGUGUCGGGCGAUAAGUGAUAGUGUAAGGGGAUUUUUAAAAGUGCAUAGUGUGAAAGGUCUGCAGUAGGAGCUGGUUAUUGCUCACCAAAGGCCAGUGCCAAAAUGUAUCUUAUUUUACUUUUUGCGCUAUUUGGGGGGUCGAACUCAGUGUUUUUAAAUCAAUCUAUAAUCAUUUCAGCUAAUUACUCGGUCCCCUAUCAGGGAUUGAUUAAUAAUUCGCUAGAGUACAUUUUUGAAUUUUCCAACUACAACUCAUAUAAGGUGUUCGUUCCACCUCGAGUCACUGUAACUACAAAGGAUGCGACUACAGUCGCUCCACUUAUGGUUACUACAAGACAGCCGAAAGAGUUGCUAUCUUGGAAGUUACCACUCUCUGUAGAGACAGAGACUGGGGAAGAAGUUUACAAAAACAGCUCCAGGACCUUGUGCUUCGAUAUUUUAAAUCACAAUAAAAUUCAAGGAUUUAAGCAGCUACAGCAUGAAAAUCCAAUCGUUUCACUUGCCACAUCCUCCCUUACGAGCAUUGAUUUUACAGUCACGGUGGACUUUCCAAAUGAGUUUCUACUGGAGCACAGUACGAACUACUCGAUCCAAAUUAGCCCUAGUGAGCCUCAGUAUUUUUUUUACAAUUUUUCGAUCCCAACAAACUUGACCAGCACCGAAGUCAGAGAAUCGAAUUACGAUACUGUUAUUUUGGAAGUUCUUUCACUGGAUACAAUAUGUACAAUUGUCAGCAUCCAGAAUGUUAGUUGUCCAGUUUUCGACUUAAAUCAAGAUAUAACGUUCAGAGGGUUUUAUGAGACGUUUACCACCAAAGGAGGUAUCACAAUUCCAAAAUACAAAUUUCCUUACGGGUUCUACAUAGUAUUUGUGGCCAAAGCGGACGAUUACGUCUGCACAAAGGACCUGAGUCCCUCAGUGUCUGGCGAUCGGGUUAAGAAGCUAUCCCUGGUUAUAAAACCCAGUAUUACUUACAACGAUUAUGUGUAUGCUGUUAUGAUCACGUUAUCUGCAAUUGGGGCUUUCUACAUAAUCUUUGGAGUGUCGUUCUUCCUCUUCUCCAGACAAUAUUAUGUGCCUCGUCAGAUGGAAUAUGCUGCGGAGAAUGGAACUGCUACUGCUUCUUUGAAUUCUAGAAUUAUCAAGCUGCCUGAUGAGCUCAGAAGUGAAUGUGUUGGCACUGAAGGUACAAAUAACCUGGACUCGCAGUCGUUGGACGAUACGGAUUAUGAUCACAUUCAAGAAAUACAAGAGGACCGAGAGAUUAGAUUGUGCAGGAGUCAACCACGUUUAACCGACUUGGCCAGAAAACCCCCGAGAGUUUUAGCCAAGAAAAGUUAUUUGUACUUGUACAACGUGUUGACCGUUGCCCUAUUUUAUGGCUUGCCAGUUGUGCAGCUGGUAAUCACUUACCAACGGGUGCUGAAUGAAACAGGCGAACAAGACAUUUGCUACUAUAACUUCUUAUGCGCCCAUCCUUUGUCAUUUUUGAGCGAUUUCAACCACGUUUUCUCCAAUAUUGGCUACGUGCUGCUUGGGAUAUUGUUUUUAAUCAUCACUUACCAUAGAGAACUCACACACAAGGACCAGGACUUUGAUAGACACUAUGGAAUUCCUCAGCACUAUGGUUUAUUCUAUGCUAUGGGAGUGGCACUGAUAAUGGAAGGGGUGCUGAGUGGUAGCUACCAUGUGUGUCCCAGCCAAAUGAAUUUCCAAUUUGAUUCUAGUUUCAUGUACGUAAUGGCCGUUUUAUGCAUGGUAAAACUGUACCAAAACAGACACCCUGAUAUCAAUGCGAAUGCAUACAGCACCUUUGGUGUGCUGGCAAUAGCCAUUGUAUUAGGUAUGAUUGGAAUACUGGAAAAUACCGACCAAUUUUGGGUGUGUUUUGUGAUAUUGCACAUUCUAGUUUGCUUUUACCUCAGCAUCAAAGUCUACUACAUGGGAUGCUGGAAACUAAGUUGUGUUUCACUGAGACGAGUUGGGCAUAUUAUCAGGCAUGACUUCUGGGCCGGUCCCCUCAAUGUCUUAAAACCGUGUUAUAAAGCUCGUUUUGUCAUGGUGGUAAUGGGAAAUUUGUGCAAUUGGGCUUUAGCCGCCUAUGCCUUGGCUUACCAUCCCAAGAAUUUCGCAGUGUUCCUUCUCUUGAUCUUUAUGUCUAACACACUGAUUUACUUCUUUUUCUAUAUACUGAUGAAGUAUUUACAUAAAGAGAGCGUGAGAAUUGUCACUUGGAUGUUCUUCUGCAUCUCAACUCUGUGUGCAAUAGCCGCAAUGUACUUCUUCCUGCACAAGGCCAUAUCGUGGUCGAAAACACCCGCUCAAUCGCGCACCUUCAACGUGGAGUGCAAACUGCUCCGUUUCUACGACUAUCACGAUAUUUGGCAUUUCCUCAGUGCCAUCGGCAUGUUUUUUACUUUUAUGGUCCUUUUGACCCUGGACGAUGACUUGUCUCACACCCAUCAUGAGCAGAUACCCGUUUUUUAAGACAAUAACUUGCAGGGGGCAAAUGUUCAUAUUCGAUUGAAGAAAAUUGUUCUCUUAUUUACCUAACAAUCCGAUCCAUUGCUAUAAGGAUAAGGACGUGGAAGUAUUCGUUACGGUGGAUUUUCGUUAAAAGGAAGAUUAAGACUAAGAAUGUCAAGUAUUAUAAUGGUGACUAAACAGUACCAAAAAAUAAAUAAUCCUAAUCUCUUUUAGAUUAUUCUGCUAUUCAUGACAAUGUAUUUUAAAUUAGCGCAAUAACGGGACAUUUUUUUCCAACAAUUUCGACAGCUUUGCCUGCUUUAUGCUUAGAGUGUUUUCUGUAUACAAUUAUUUACGAAUAUUAUGUAAUACGUUCAUUGAGUGAGGAUAUUUGAGUGAAAACAUCUGUGAGUUUUUGUGAUAUGACCACUAUAAUUUAUAUUUGUUAUAAAUAUUUCUAUAAUGUUAAAUGAUGGAGGCAAUACGCUUAUUCCAAAUAGACAACCUAUUUUAA